UCAGUUUUUUUUCUGACCACCCCAACAACCGAUCCAGGAUCAUCUUACACAGCUCAAAUACGAUUGAACCCCGUUUUGUGAAAAAUAUUGCUGAUCCGAGGUUGGUACGUUACAUCAGGUAGAAACUAACAUUAUAGUUGUUAUUUACACCAAUCCGCUGCUGUUGAAUCCAGAACGAAGGAAGGGACAAUACGCCUUGUAGCUGCUGUACCGACGGCAAUUUCUGCAAAAUAAACUAUUGGAGCUGCAGAACCUCUAUUUUACCCUCACGUUGGAGUGCUAGGGAUCUGUUUGAGUCUGAAUAAGUCUGAAGUGUAUUCGUUUCAGAAAAACUGAAGACAUGGAGAAGAAAUCAGUUUUCCCAAAUUCCUGACUCGAGAACUGAAUCUACCUCAUCAGGACACAGCACAAUGGAAAUAGAGUACGUAACAGUUGGUCUCGACCCCCAAGUAACUGAAUACAUUGUAGAAGAAGCUGAUGUAGAGUCUAGCUUCUCGCCUACCCAUGUGAAAGCCGAACCUGAUCAAGAUUUUAAUGAAAAUAAUAGUCAGGUACCUUGUCCCAACCUGGCUACUGAAGAAAUUAAAUUGGAGCCAGAUGCAGGUACCUAUGAACACACAGAUGUGUACUUGGACCAAAACUCAGAAGCCACAGCUCAAGCUGAAACUUGCCUUGAGCAGGCCAUUUAUAUCGCUAAGGAGGGGCAACCCGCUGAAGUACUUUACCAGAUUAAAGAUGAAAUGGAAGAAUCGGACUCUGACAUAUUGGGGGUUGGCCGGUUCCAUGCUAAGGGAAAAAAACAAUUGAAAAGGCAGAAAAAAAAGCCAACCGUUAAGAGGAUGAAACCUCUUAGCACUCCCACAGAGUCAGACUUGGCCAACGUUGGGCAUUUACUUGGGCAGGGCGGAGUUCACGCAGGGUUCGAGUCUUACAUUUGCACUGAGUGCGGAAAGAGCUUCAGAGGAAAGGAGAACAUGCUGAAGCACCUUCAGAGCCACGCGCAGGACGGCUCGCACACCUGCGUCCGGUGCAAGGAGAAAUUUCCGGAUUCUGGAAGCCUACUCAGACACGUGAAGUGUGCGCACACGCAUAAAGAAGAAUUCCACUGCUCUCUGUGUGGAACGUACUUUCAGACUGCAAACACGUUUGCCAGGCACAUGAGGAUUCACUCCGGUGAUGAAGUGUUCGUCUGCUCUGACUGUGGGAAGAAUUUCCGCCAUAGGUCUAGUCUGUCGAGACAUCAGCAUAUUCAUAGGCUUGAGGAGGAGGAGGAUUCUUUAAUCCAGUGUGGUUAUAGUAGUAGUAGUAGUACCAGUAGUAUCAGCAGUAGCAGUAGUAGCUCUAGUAGUAGCUCUAGUAGUAGCAGCACAAGUAAUAGUAGUAGCAGAACUUUUCCAUCGCCUGCUAAACGUUCAAAGGCUUUAUUUACAUCACCUAAACUAGUCAUACAUGAGAAGAAGACUCCACCUAAAUCAUUCUUGUGUGUCAAAUGUGGGAAGAGAUUUAAUCAUUCCUCCAGCCUUUCGCGACACAGGCUGACUCACCUGGAGGAUAAAAAACCGUUGCCCAGCAUCUCCACGGAACUGAAAAGCCCCCCCAGGAAGCCGUCGGCGCAGCGAGGAAAGCCUUUCACGUGCACACACUGCGACAAGCGCUUCGCCCACUCCUCAAGCCUCCGCAGGCACGUGCAAACUCACGAGCAGAUGCCGUAUCAGUGCCCCCUUUGCCACAAGGGUUUCCUCACGUUAGCAGCACUCAGCAGCCACCAGAGGUGUCACCAGGACGGCAAGAGUCGGCAAGACAGGAAAGUGCACUCGUGCUUUGAGUGCGGCAAAUCGUUCAGUCAUUCCUCGAGCCUUUCAAGACACCGCCAUACUCACUUGCAGGUGCAGCGUGUGUCAGCGGGGCAGUACGUUGACACUAAUUCACUUUCGCUUUUUCAGUCUUCAGUGGAUUUUAUUCCAACGCUCAAUGAGAAAUUGGUGGUGAAACCAUAAGAAGCUUGGAAAACAUGUAAAGGAGUUUGGCUUGCGUCAGAGCUGCCCUUAAAUGUGACACAGUGCUCGGUUCUGUUUUGUUGGUCCUGCUUGGUGUCAGUGUGAUGGUGUCGGACACGAAUCCUGAAAUGGGGGGAAAUCUGCUCUCCGAGGCGUCUGGGUGAGAUCGAGGACGGGUCCGCCGCGCGCUUUCCCCGCCUCCCCAGCAUGCACUGCAAACGCGAGCAGUCGGCGAGCCGCCUUCCUCUCCUGAGAUCUGCGGGCAGUUAGGAAAGCCUGUAAUACUACAUCUGGAGCGGCUCUGAGCUCCAUACUGAGUACUUCCUGUCCAUCUAUUACAGUAUGACAUCAUCACCCGUAUGUAUAUAGUGGUGGGGUAUUAAGGACAGUUUCAGACAAUUGCCUGUAUAUAUAACGUGCUGGGGCAUUAAGGACAGUGAACAGCCUUGUGUCACCUGCCGUCUAUCACAGUGUGCGACUGACCAGGUGGCACUGAGAGCUGGGGCUCAUUUCUAUUUCAGUUCUAUUAAAGACAUUUACUGAAAUUCAAACCUGCUUUCAGUGUUAUUCACGCCAUUAGAUGUAUGUAUAUGGUGGGGAAUUAACACUGAAAGCCAUCGCAUUGCCCUCUACCCCAGUGUCUGACUGACCUCUCAUUAGAGGCACUGAGAGCCUGUUUAUGCACGCACGCCCCGUGUGUCAGUCACUGCCAUUGCUGGGCGUUGCCAUCAUCACCCUGCCCUGCCGCCUGCCUACCCAGGGACUGUGUUUACUGCCCUCUCCAGAGACCCUGAUCUCAGAAACACAGUUGUGUUUGAGAACUCACGGGUAUGUCAACACUGAUGUGUCAACGCAGGUGCUCCAACACAGGUGUGUCAGAGGUCACAUGUUACACUGACGCAGGUGAGCACAAUUAAACAAGAAGUAGGGGGAGAGUGUAUGUGAGAGACAGCUGGUGGGGGUGAGAGUGAAUGUGAGCUUGCAGAAGGCCAGAUAUCUUACCCAAUAUAUAAAAUAUAAUUUUCCCUCUGUUGGCCACCUUUUGUGUAUGAGCCAUCUUUCCUUUUAUUUUGGUAAACAUACAGGCAACCUGUGUGUGUGUGAUUCUAAAGCGAAGAGAACAGGUUUGAGCCAGGAUGAACUGGCAAGGCAAAAAUGCAGUUUGGCAGGCUUUGUUAAGGGAGUCGGUUGACCCAAAACAUUUAAUGUUCUUUACAACAACUUUUAUCAGACUGACUUUUGCAAACUCAAAAAAAUCAAUGAUUUGUGACCCAAUUUUUUUUUUCAAUGGUAAUUAGAAACAAUAAGAGUUUCCUGUAAGAAGAAGCUACAUAAGCUGGCCAAGGGGGAGUUCUGUUUAAUCCUGUUACUGUAAGAUUUUGACAUUUGUAAUAUUGAUGCCACCACCACUGCCUAUCCAUGGUCUGAAAGAAAGCGGAGUGUGAGGGUGAUCACAGCUUAAGACGCACUUAGUCUGUGGCUAACAGUUCUGCAGCCAUAUACUGAUCAGUGUGGUGUUAAAAAAGCUUUCAAAAGCUAAGGGGAGACCAGGGUCCAAAUGUAAGUAGCAAUUACAAUGGUGGCAGCCUUGCUGGCAUGUGAAUUGUGUGCAUUAGAUCUCAAAUGUGUAACCAGUGUGGAUUGGAAUCAGUGACAUGUUAAACACAGCACCAGUUUAAGUAUUAAUUUACACAAUUGCAAUAAAACCUUUUCUGAUCAGA